UUUAUAGUGAAUUAAUUCUUGCAUGCAAUAGCAUCCCUCUUUGGAUUGCAAAACCAAAUAUCUCAACAAAUUGAAAACUUGUAAAUAUAGUUCAUAUUUGACAAUUAAUCUGUUAAUGCAGCCGAGCCCUUUAAAAGGAGAGACAGCUUGAGCACUUGCGUCAAAAUGACACUUAACCUGGUUUCCUUUUAAGGUUAGUAUUUUUCUUAUGGAAAUUUAAAUUUGAGAUAGUUUAUUUUCGGAAAAUGCCUUCUAAUGCUGUUGUAUUAGCUCCAAUCUUCACAAGAAUACUUGCUAGAUUUCCGCAGCAGCUUAAUUUCUGCUUCGCUUAUGGAUCAGCGGUGAAAAAACAGCUCACAAAUAAUUCAAAAAAUAAUAUGAUUGAUCUGAUAUUUUGCGUAGAUAACUCUUCUAAAUGGCAUGAAUUAAACAUUAAGCAGAACCCUUCGCACUACAGUGGUUUGAAAUAUUUUGGACAUAACUUCAUAUCUAAGUUCCAAGAAAAUUUCGGUGCAAAAAUAUAUUUCAAUACUUUGGUUCCCAUUGAAGGGGUAAUGAUAAAGUAUGGUGUUAUAUCAACAAAAGAUUUGAUCACAGAUUUACUGGAAUGGUCUGAUAUAUAUCUUGCAGGAAGACUUCAUAAACCUGUGGAAGUUUUGAAAAAUACAUCCAAUUCAGAAUUAAUAACUGCACUACAGUUGAAUUUACAAUCUGCAGUUCAUUCUGCCUUACUUAUGCUUCCUGAAUCAUUUACAGAGUAUGAAUUUUACCACAUGUUAUCAAACCUUAGUUAUGCUGGUGACUUUAGAAUGAUAAUAGGUGAAAAAAAAAAUAAAGUUGAAAAUAUUGUGAAACCUCAAUUAAAAUCGUUCAGGCAAUUAUAUAAGCCUAUUCUAAAAACACUGUCAGAUUAUGUUGAUUUCCCAAACUUGAAAAAAGAUCAGUCGACUGGAGAAGAUUCUGUCCAGAAUAAAAUACCGACAAUAUGUUCUCAAGACAUAAGCCCAUUAGCUAAAUUACAUCAUUUGAACCAACUACCUAGAUGGCCUCAGAAGGCUUUAACAAGAUUAUGGAAUCGAGGGAGUUUAAGACAAGAUACAGAAGAUGUUUUACGUGCUAUAGCUUAUGAUCCUGAUUGUAAUGAAAUUGUAUUCAAAUGUAUCAAUCAAAUUGUUUGGAAAUCCUCAAUCAGUCAAAGUGUGAAAGGAGUAGCAACAGCUGGAAUUUUCAAAAGUGUGCAAUAUAGCAGCAAGAAGCUUAGUAAAAUGAUAAUUUAGAAGUUUUAGAAAGUGAGUACUUGCUCUGAUUAUCAGAGCAAAUAUAUAAGAGAAUA